AAUUGGAGUCGACAUCUUCAACAAAUGCAUAGAGGGGAAAUUGUUGAAAUGAGAAAGGGAGGGGAGCUUGCUAGAAGAGAGAAAGAUGAAGAUCGCUUGUCUCCAGAAUUGGCACCUAUUAAAAGACAAAAAAUAAAAACAACAACGACUUUGGAUGAGGACAAAAACAAAAUGUAAGGGAGGGAAGAUGAGAUUUUUAAAAAAUAUUCUCCUUUUACAGUAGUGAAUUCGAUACAAAGAUUGACAAUGAAAAGGAUAAUAAAGAGUUGGAAACGACAGAUAUUCCUUUAAGAAGAAGCAAG